CGAAAGACUGAGAAGCGGCGGGGUACCUAGCGAGUCGUAGGCUGCCUAAGGGAAAGAGCGGCACUGUCUACAUGCGGAAGGCAAGGACGAUAUAACUUCUACAGAUUCCCUCGAAAUUGGGCGUGAUUCACUCUCUCUUCCUCAUACUUCGAUACACGUCUUCUUCUGCUCUUGCCCAACUUACACUUACACACACAAAAACUUCUUAGCUAAAGUCAAAAUGUCUGAGCUUAAGGCCGGUGAUAGCUUCCCAGAGGGUGUCUGGUUCAGCUACAUCCCCCCAUCGCCUGAAACCUCUGAGUUCACUACUUGUGGUACACCUGUCCCUUUCAACGCCAGCCAAGAAUUCAAGAACAAGAAGGUCGUUCUUGUCUCUAUCCCAGGUGCUUUCACACCUACUUGCUCCGGCUCUCACAUUCCUUCCUACUUGGAACACGUCGACAAGAUUAAGGCCAAGGGCGUUGAUCAGGUCAUUGUCAUUGCUGUCAAUGACCCCUUUGUCAUGAGCGGCUGGGCCAAGGCCAACGGUAUUACCGACGACAAGAUCCUCUUCAUGUCCGACAAGGAUGCUAAGUUCUCCCAAACCAUCGGCUGGAAUAUCGGUGAGCGAACUGGACGCUUUGCGAUUAUUGUCGACCAAGGCAAGGUCGUGUACGCUGCAAGGGAUGAGGAGCCUGGGAGCAUCGAGAAGUCCGGUGCCCUGGGUGUACUGGCCCAGCUGUAAUUGAAGUUGCAUUGCAAUCCACCAAAGGAAUAGAAUAUAGACAUGAAACAUGAAGGAUGAUGAUAGAUCGACACGCGUUCACUUCGAAGCAUCCGAAAAUGGCCUUGGUCUGAAACGUUUUUUUUUUGCGAAGCCUGUUCUCGUAUCAUAAGGCAUUUUGUCGUUAAAUCUACCAAAACA